AUGCAGCCCCUCAGCUGCGCUUACCAUCGGCCCACUGCCCUUGUGCGGCUGGUGAGCCUGCGCGACUUUGGCGCACCACGGGGCCGCAGCCGGGUGGCGGUUGCCGUGCCGGAGCAGUCAGAGGCGGCUUGGACGGCGGCAGGCAGCGAGGGCCCCGGCGGCCAGCCGCCGGCGCCACGGCCGCCGGCCGCCAGCGGCGCCGACCUGUUGCAGCACCUGACGGCGCAGCAGCGGGACCAGAUGACCCAGCAUGUGCUGCGUGCCUUCCUGGCAGCCGAUGGGCACACCGAUGCGACGCGCUCAGCUGCGGGUGCCGGCCCGUCGGCCCGGCAGCAGCCGCCGCGCCUGCGGCAGCAGGCGGACGGGCACCACCAGCCCUUUGACGGCAGCGUGCAGCAGCUGGAAGCAGCGGUGGAUCCACCAGCAAGCAGCAUGGCGAAGGAGGAUUGUAGCAGCAGCAGCAGCAGCAGCAGCAGCAGCAGCAGCAGCAGCAGCGUGGACGGCUGCGGCGCGGAGUCGCCGCCGCGGUCGCGGCUGCAGCGCGGUCUUCAGGGGCGGGUGGCGGAGCACCUGCUUGCGGGCGGCUUUGACGAGGCGCUGCUGGAGCCGGUGCUGGGGCAGCAGGGGUCGGUUCUGCAGGCGGAGCAGCUGUUCCACUGGAUGCGCCUCAAGGGCAGGGCCAACCAGUUCAGCUUCGCCAAGCUGUGCGAGGCGUGCGGCGCGGCGCGGCAGCCCUGGCGCGCCUUCCAGGCCUGGCGCACCACGCAGCGCAUGCCCCAGGCGGCCCAGAUUGAGGGCAGCCAAGCAGGCGCGGCGCUCAUCCUGGCGUACCGCUCCACCGCCGACCACCGCGGCGCGCUGCGUGCGCUGGAGGCGCUGCAGCGCCACCGCUUCCCGCUCAACCGCUACGCCUUCAACGCCGCCAUGCGCGUGUGCGCGGAUGCGGGGGAGGCAGACGAGGCGCUGCGCCUGCUGGCGCGCCUGCGCCAGCUGGCGACGGAGGCACGCGCGCAGCGGGCGCAGCGCGCGCAGCGGCCGGGCGAGGCCGGGCGCGCCGGCAGCGCCAGCAGCGGCGGCAGCCAGGCGGCGGCGGGUGCAGAGGGUGACGAGGGCGAGGAGCUUCGUACCGACUGCCGCAGCUACAGCGCGGCGCUGGCGGCGGUGGCGGCGGCGGGCAAGUGGAACCGCGGCACGCAGCUGCACCGCUGGCUGGCGGAGGACGGCGUGCGGCCCGACGCGCCGCUGUGCGCGCAGCUGCUGUCGUGCUACGCGGCCGUGGGGCAGGCGGCGGCCGCGCAGCAGCUGCUGGAUGCCAUGCUGGCAGACCCCCAGGGCCCCCCCAACCGCACCCACUGGAACGCGCUGCUGCUUGCCUAUGCGGCGGCGCACGACGCCCGCGGCUGCGCCGCCGCCUACCGCCGCAUGCAGCGCGCGGGGACGCGCCCCGACGCCUACACCCUGCUGGCGCUGCUGCGGGCGGCCUUCCACACGGGGCAGGGCCUGGCGGCGGUACAGGCGGUACAGCGGGAGAUGGCGCGGCACCGGGUGGGCAUCAACCGCCAGCUGGGCACCGCCAUGCUGUGCUGCCUGCGCCACGUGCGCCCCGCGGCGGCCGCCGCCAUGCAGCUGUGCACGGAGCCAGCACCGGCUGGCAGCGGGGAGGAGAGUAGUGAAGCAGGCAGCAGCGGGGGAGUCAGCGCCGCUGCUGCGGCCCCGCCGCCAUCACCGCGGAAGCAGCAGCGGAAGCAGGGGCUGCUGCGGCUGCCGCAGCAGCAGGGCAAGAGUGCAGGCGCGACGCCAGCCUCGGCAGCGCCGGCGGGCCCCAGCCCUGGCGACCAGCGGCAGGCGUGCCUGGCGGCGGCGGCCGCGGUGUUUGCCCAGCUGCGCAAGCAGGCCCGGCGGCAGCGCCGCCCGCUGGACCUGCGCGCCUACAACAGCCUGCUGCUGGUGCAGCUGGCCGCGGGGGACCACGAGGGUGUGCUGCGCACCUUCCAGGAGCUGGAGGCGGGGGAGGAGCUGCGGCCCGAUGCCACCACCCUGGGAGCCGUCAUCUCGGCCUGCCGGGCAGCCGGCUGGCGGCAGCGCGAGGAGCAGUACCGGCGCCUGCUGGAGGGCAGCCGCCUGCUGGGCGCGCUGCGCGGGGACGAGGACGGCGGCGGCGGCGGCGGCGGCGGCUCGUGGCGCGGCAGAGGGCGCAAGGGCACUGAAUAG